AGAGGCAGCAAGAUGCAGCGCGGGGUGAUAACAUUGCACUGUCUCUACAAAUGAUAACUGCAUGAUUUUUUCCCUCUUUCUCUCACCGCGUUAGGCAUCUCGCCUCCACGAACCACACUCUGCAAAAACGUACUGAGCUGAACGCUGUCUCGCUUCUUUUUUUGUUUGUCAUUGUUUAGAAACCUGUUUUGUGUAAUACAAGAACAUGCGAACUGUCGAAUUUGGGUCUGCGUUAAAACAUACACUGAAGUGAAAUGUACGCGCACUUUUUUUCUUUUUAACUUUUUAAUUUUACUUCUAUCAAUCAUUUCUCUCAGUAUGCCAUUAUUCUGCAUUUGAGAAAUUAUCCAGAGAAGUGCGUGGUCAUUUCCUAACUGAAGCCACAAGGGAUGGCGACGAUUCACCUUCCCGCUUUGCUGUCAUUUUUCAUGGCUUUUUUGGACUUGGCAGAGGAGUACGUCCUUUAAUUUUGAAUUAAUCUAAAGUUUGAUCGACACAAGCCAGUGGACAGAAGACACCUUGCAUUGAAUAACUUACAGAAGAGCACCUGGCGGGGAACACCUCGGAUGCCUUCAUACACUCCGCUCAGUUGAAAUAUAAAACAAACCUGGCCAGUGAGAGAAAACACCAGAAGUCCAUAUGAUCCAGAUAUUUUGUCUCGUCUCUUCUCGGCAUUUGUGUAUUGUGGGAGGAUCGGCAGCAUUUUCGGAGUAAUUUCCAUGUCCGAUAUUCUGAGGGGCAGAAGCUGAGAAUGCUGGCUUCGUUGGUGCCUGGAAUAAGGUCUUUAACUUGACUGUUUUAUUUACGACUAUCGACAUUUGUGGGAACGUACAUAAAUGGGCGGAUACCUAAAGGACUGAUUCGGAAUUAUUGUCGAGAAAAUGUGGAUAAAACGGAUUGUUGCACGCAGUUCGAUGUCUGCUUUAAGAUCCGGGAGCUUGCCGGGACGCCACGCGUGGAUUCUUCUAGCCAUGAUACACCUCACCAUGGAUUUCUCCUUCUGUAGCCCCCUGACUCAAGGCCCAGUGCUCAAGCUCCUCUCCAAACCCGUGCCUCGACAUAGGGCCGGCCCCGCGCCCCUGUGGGACCCUUCCAGCAGACCCCACUGGCGGGCCCUGGGCCCCUGGUGGCAGAGGGCCCUACGCCCUGCGUUGCAGCCGGGCGACAAAGGGGGGAAGGCACCCACGUUGGCAAGUCAAAAGCACAUUACACAGAGGCCCACACACAGAGGCUCUCCUUGUAAGGAAUGCCAGUCGAAACACUCUUCCAGCGAGGUGCUGGACUCUCUGGCGUCUCCGGGAGGAGGAGGAAACUCAGACACAGUGACCUUUUUGAUAAGGCCAAGGAGGCAGCUGAAGUGGGACAGCUACGAGAGGUCCCAGGACAGCAGGACAACGACGGUGCCUGGAUUUAUAGACUGGGGGCCGACGGGGGGAGAGGACGGGGGUGAGGACGAUGGCAAGGUAGUGCCCAACUCCACUGUGUCCACCAAAGCCCUGACCACCACCGUCACCACCACCAUCGCCACCACAACAAAGAGGUACCCCCAGACGAACUAUGCGGUGGUGACCACCAUGUACCCCAGGAGACAGAGCACAACACAGUCCGGCAUCAUCACUGGGGAGACUGCCAAACCACCAAAGCCAUUCGGAGACACAGCAGGUCUGGCCGUUCACCAGAUUAUUACAAUCACUGUGUCUCUAAUCAUGGUAAUCGCGGCCUUGAUAACAACACUCGUCCUUAAAAACUGCUGUGCGCAGAGUGGGAAUGGUCGCCACAAUAGCCAUCAACGGAAGAUCAACCAACAGGAAGAGAGCUGUCAGAACCUGACGGAUUUCACUCCCGCCCGGGUGCCAAGCAACGUGGAUAUCUUCACGGCCUACAACGACAGUUUACAGUGCUCACAUGAGUGCGUACGGACAGCGGUGCCUGUGUACACGGACGAGAUGAUCCAGCAGGCCCCUGUGUACAAGACAUCAUACAACGGAAAUAGACCUUCGCCCACUGAACGGCAGCUAAUUCCCGUGGCCUUUGUGUCUGAAAAAUGGUUCGAAAUCUCCUGCUGACUGGCUGACUGGCUCCCUUUACUUCCUGUGGGUGGGACAGACUUCCUGAUAUUUUGUUUUCUGGAUUCCAAUGGUAAACCUCUAAAUCAACUGAAACAAGCAAUUACACAAACAGAAAUAACAGCCAAUUUUGUACAAUAGAGGGACCUCUCUGGACACGAGCGAAGAAGUUUAUUUUUCUAAAAUGAAUGCAGCUGAGACAGUGCAACGGAUGCCUCUCCAAAUUAUUUUCCAGAGACCGAUGGUGAUGAAAAUAUAUAUUUAGAGGAAAUAUAUAUUAUGUGUGUGUGCUGAAAAGUAAGUCAAAAAAGUUGCAGACAUCAUAAAGGGAAGAGAGAUUAUACUAGCGGCUGCCGUCAGUGAGAGCUGAACUGUGUUACUGAACAAUGUGCCAAUUAAGCCACAAUGUGCCACAUUCUGUACAGAGGGAACUCAUCCAGGACAACAUGGAUUAAUAAAGACAUUAUGGGCAAGUCAUUCCCCAUACCGUAUC